CGGUGACAGUUAAACGGAAGGUCUGCCGACUCUAAACCUGAGGCUGAGAUACCAGAAGAAGCUAGCUCCGGAUCAUUCCUGUUCCAUUCCGGCUUCACUUCCUCCACUCGCGACCCCCCUACCGAACCUCCUGUUCCAAUGAUGCACUGGCAGUAAACAGUUAUAUCAUAUCUCAAACCUUUUUAUAUGCAGGCUUAGCCUCUUUAUCCAACUGUGGCAGGCUCUAUCUUCGUCCAAGACGAACGUUUCUUUGAAACUACUCCAUGGAAACAUUGCACAAUCAAUCCCACCAAAGGACAUCGCCAGCGUUUCCUUGCUCCAAGAACCAGCCAUAACCAUCUUCUUAUUUGAUACGCCUGAGUGAGAACAACCAUGUUCAGUGGACCUACACAAUAUCUCGAAGUCUAUCUGCCAUCACCCACUACUGUGUUGUUCACGGUCACAACUCGUCGGCCACGACAUAACCCAGCACCUGCGCUAUCACCCUCGACACCAGUCUCCAAACAGCACUUCAAUUACAAAUACACAGAGAGACUAAAAAAUGUUUAUCACCUGCUUUGGUCAACCGUCCUACGCCACACCAUCCGCAUAAUGCUGGUCUUCUACGUCCUCCUUUUCAAUGUGGCCAAGGCCCAACAAUACCACCAUCGACGAGGCACGCCAACCACGGCCACCGGGACAUUCCUUGCAUUUCUGGAUAAUUACUCAGACACCGCGCUCCAACUGAGUGUCGGGGGUAGCCUGGUGAAGUCUAUCGCCGAGCGCACGGAAUGGUGGAUUUUGGCGCCGUUGAGCUUGGCCGUGGUGUAUAUGUGUCUGAAGAGGGAUUAUGUCGAAGAAUCCCUUCUCGUCCUCCAAGGCUUGGGGAUCCAAACGUCCACCAGCUCCCGAUACUUCUUCAUGGGUCCGACCACGACCUUCAUUCCGACCACGCAGAUCCAAGACAUUGUCAUCCACGAGGCGUUCAAAGGGCUCCAAGUCAGGUUCUACCUAGCAGUGAUUGUCGAAGGGGCUACGGAGGUGGUGGUUGUUUUCCCAACACUCCUCCCACGGCGCGACAUCCUCGAAGAAGUCUGGAGGGGUGCACGGAAAUGCUUGUACACGGGGAUCCGUUGAACAUAACACAAGCACCUUGUUGCACAAUGACCAGCCCAUACCGAUUUACCCCAGAGACAGCAACUGCUGGCUCUACUCGUCCUGUUCGGUGGGAAUCCCGGCUGUGGCAUCGGCUGCUCCGUUCGUCCGUUCCUGUGCUUCUACUGCCUCCCGAGCCUUAGCAUCGCGCCUCAUCUUCCGCCCAUUCAGCCACCUAGCAUUCUGCACAUGUAAGGCGUCCAUCCUGGGCUUUUUCAUCACCGGCACAUAGCGACCCGCAAGCCUAGCAACGCUGCCGCCAUCAAAGACCUUCUGACUGCCACGGCCGCCGCCACGCUCACGGGUCAACGCACAACCGUCACCCUGGGCGAUGACGAGAUCAAGCAGGCUACCAGCCAGGACUUCUUGCAUCUUGGCUUCUCUCCACUGUCCCCACAAGUCCUCGGCGAUGCCAUUAGGCCCGAAUUUGCCAUCGCCCUUACCCCCGAGUGCAGCGAGGCCGGCUUCAUCGCCCACAUAAAUCCAAUUGAGCGAGUCGGUCAUCAUAUCGUUUUCCCCGUUCCCAUCGGUAUUGUCCGGGAAGAUACAGUCCCACAACACCAACGGGGCGUCGUCGGCCAUCUCGUACAUCGGUCUUGUGGGAGUCUUCUCGACAUCGAGUAAGUCGUCAACGAUACUCGGUUGCUCCAGUCCCUGGCCUACAAGGAACAAUAUUGCAACCAUGCAUCGGACUUGGUGCCAUAAAAACGCAGAUCCAUGGACACAGAAAGCAUAGACUUUAGGUCCACUUGCACCUCCAACCCCAGCCACAGUGGGCGACGGGGAUGACGAAUAUGCGUCCCCUUUUCCAAGCAAAGCGGCAACAUUCAGACCGUUGGAAUUAGACGCACUGUCCAGUCCCGAGCUACUGGCGCCAGUCUGAUUCAGCGCCGGGUGCGACGAGAACAUCUUGCCCGUAUCCUCCCACUCGACAAUGUCGGCAUACGUGAUUCUCCGCUCACAGCUAGGCAUCUGUUUGCUCGGGUCGAUCUUGCACAGAUUACGAAAAUCAUGCAAUCCCUCCAACUUCUUUGCGGCCUCGCGCAUCUUCUCGAUGUCCAGCCACCCUUCUCUGAUCUGGCUUUGCUUUUCGUCCCCCUCCGCAACAGCAGAGGUAGAUCUCAGACCCCUCGGGCCGGGAGUAGGACAGAACGCCGGAUUCGUGAAGAAAUACUUGUACCGCCGUUGACGGCAGGAGAAGCGCGCGUCAAAGUUCGGCGGCGGGUCCGGACACCAAGCGAGCACACGGAUAUCCGGCGGUAAGAUGGCAUUGAGGAUGUUUGCGUACGGGAGUUCAUCCUUGAUCGGAUCAAACGGUCUGGCAUAGGACUCGGCUUCCAGAUCUUCCACGUCAAUCGAGGGCAUCGGCAUCAUAAGCGCAUCUUGAUCAUCUAACUCCGACUGGCCGUCCGGCGGGACGGUAUUUGUUGUCGCUGUAGACGUCGAAGAUUUGGACUGUGAUUCUUGUCGUCGUGGUUUUCCCUUUUCGAUAGGCCGAUUACUCCGCACCCGGAUCCCAACGACCUGUCCGAACGCGCUCACGCCUCUAUCCGUUCUCCCACAUUUGCUGUAUUGACACCCGUCCCAAUUGACAUCCAGCCUGAUUUUCCCUUUCGCCUCGUCUUUCCCUCCACUCUUGCCGUCCGUAUACAGCAAAAGCCGCCUGUGUUUCUCCCACACCACAUCUGUGGAUUGGUCCGCCCCCUCGGCCACGGGCGGACUGAUCAGUCGGGCCUUGCAGAGUGCUUUCCACAAUACUUCCUCGAUCGUAGGUAGGGGCGCCACGUUCC